AUAAUUAGUCAUUGAGUGAUUUUAAAUGCACUCUGUCAAGAAAAAAACAAUCAGACAGAAGUAGGGAUGCCAUGCUGUUGUUUGUGGGCUAUACUCUGUGUCUAGUGACACCUCUCUUGGCCAGUCGUGUUUUCGACCACUGUCACAAAUACACCACCUUGGAUGAACCCUGGAGAGCUACCAACUACACUGACAACUUCAAUCAUUGCGACAGUCGAGUCUCCUGGGACGGCUGGUACCGGUUGCUGUAUCAUGGACAGACUAUACGGAUGCCCGAGGAGUGCUUACGUAGAUCUGGAUGCGGCACCACUGGCCAGCUGUGGAUGAAUGGAACCCACAGGAUGGGAUAGUUACAAGGAAGAUAUAUGUGAACACCAUAUCCACAAACAUUUCUCCUACAUCUGCAACUGUGCACACCUCAACAGUCUCGACUAACCCUUGCGGUGACGUCCACUGCAUUGGAGAUGAGGUAUGUGGGAAAGUAUAUGGAAUAUAUGGCUGCUUGUGCAAGAGCCAUCACCAACCUAUCCCAGAGUCAUUUGGAUUAGUUGCCACAUGCCACAAUAGCUCCUGCUGGAUUUCACAAUCCCGCUGCCUCCUCUUUGAGGCUGGCUUUCCUGCUCAAGUUCUACACCUCAACGAUCCGGGCUGCACAGGCACAGUCCUAGAUGGACAGGUGAAGUUCCAUUUCAACAAUGACCACCAGAAAUGCGGAACUGUUCUAAGGGCUAAUGAAACCCACUUCAUCUACAAGAAUUCUAUUCAGGGGGCAUCUGACUCUGCAGAAGGUCAUAUUAUUAGCAGACAGAGGCAACUGAGUCUGCGUUUUGUCUGUGAAUAUCUUAUAAAUCAAAGUGCUUCCAUGGAUGUGGCUAUCCAUGUCUUAAAAAGUGUUACACACCAGAAGCUGCCUGCAGUACACGGGACAUACCAAGUUCAGAUAACUCCAUAUAAGGAUGCAGACUUCACACAGCAAUUCAGUGGCAAUGUGACUGGGCAACCUGAGGAGACUAUCUACAUAGCCGUGGACGUGGAAGGAGUGGACGGCCGCCAGUUCUCCAGUGUGUUGGACUUCUGUUGGGCCACACCCAUCAAUAACUCAACCUCCUCCAUCAACUGGGACCUCAUCACUAAUCAGUGUCCCAACCCGGAAGAUGGCACGGUGAAGGUGCUGAGAAAUGGGGUGUCCACAAGCAGCCGUUUCUCCUUCAGGAUGUUCACCUUCGGUGUGCCCCCCUCUCAGGUGUACCUCCACUGCAGCCUUCACCUCUGCCUUCUGGAGCUAGGCCACAGCUGCAUCCCGAACUGUGACCAUGUCCAUCAGCACAAAGGCCCCAGAUCUGCAGACGACCAAGACAAUAUCACUGUUUCUUAUGGGCCACUAUUCCCUGCUAGGAAUACAGAUGUGCUGAACGUCCUGGCUCCACUGCCAAAGAGACGCUCUCCUAAGCUGUAAACAUCGGUCAUUUCCAUACCCUGUCAUUAUCUGGAAUUGUACCUUUUAAUAAAUACUUUUGACAAGUAAACCUCUGUA